UGCAUCCCCAUGCUAUCCCUCUAACCACGCCGUCACUUUUGCCGGCGGAGGAACGCCCUAUCGCUGCUGCUGCUGCUGUGCUGCGCAGCGGCAUCACAGAUGCUGUGCAGCGGACCGGACCCAGUAGGCUACCGUCGGCACGGAGGAGGGGAAACGGAAUCUGCGCUUCAUGCAAAGGAGGACAACAACAUCCAGGAUAUCGGCACUAAAGGUUGGAGAUGGCAGACAAAAUGUUGGAACCCGAGUGUGAGGGUGUCUCCGUGGAGGAUAUGGUCAUCUGCAACGGUGCAGUUCAGCCCCUCCUGGUCCCGCCGCUGCAGGCUCCUCUCCAGGCCCAGGCCCAGGCCCAGGCCCCGACCCCGGCCCCGGCCCCGGCCCAGGGUCAGCAGCCGGACCCGUCCAUGCUGACCAACCUGAAGAAGGUGGAGAACAACAUCACCGAGGCUCAGCGCUUCUCCCACCUGCCCAAGAGAACAGCCGUGGACCUGGAGUUCACCGACCUCUCCUACAUCAUCCAGGAGGGGCCCUGCUGGAGGAAGAGAGGUUUCAAAGCCUUACUAAAGUGCCUGUCUGGGAGGUUCUGCAGCCGGGAACUGAUAGGAAUCAUGGGGCCCUCUGGGGCCGGCAAAUCCACCCUAAUGAACAUCCUGGCUGGAUACAGGGAGACGGGGAUGAAGGGUCAGAUCCUGGUCAACGGGAAGCCCCGGGACCUGAGGACCUUCCGCAAGAUGUCGUGCUACAUCAUGCAAGACGACAUGCUACUGCCACACCUCACCGUGCAGGAGGCCAUGAUGGUUUCUGCCAAUUUGAAGCUGAAUGAAUCCAUGGAGGUGAAGAAAGAGCUUGUGAACGAGAUCCUGACGGCCCUGGGGCUUCAUGAGUGUGCCCACACGCGCACCAGCUGUCUGUCUGGGGGCCAGUGCAAGCGACUCGCCAUCGCCCAGGAGCUGGUCAACAACCCCCCCGUCAUGUUCUUUGAUGAGCCCACCAGUGGCUUGGACAGCUCCUCAUGCUACCAGGUCGUCUCUUUGAUGCACUCUCUGGCUCUUGGCGGGAGGACUAUCAUCUGCACCAUCCACCAGCCCAGUGCCAAGCUCUUCGAGAUGUUUGACAAGCUGUACAUCCUGAGCCAGGGUCAGUGUAUCUACAAAGGAACCGUCUCUUACCUCAUCCCUUAUCUCAAGAACGUGGGCCUGCGCUGCCCCACCUACCACAACCCUGCAGACUUCAUAAUUGAAGUGGCGUCGGGGGAGUACGGAGAUCUGAACCCGGUGCUGUUUGAGGCUGUGAGGGACGGCAUGUGUGCCGAGGAGAAAAGGAACCAGUGUGAAAGGAGGUGUCCGUCCGUCUGCACGACAAAGUGCGCCAAGGACUCGGGGCAUAUUGAAAGCCAUACUUUUGCCACUAGCACCCUGACGCAGUUCUGCAUCCUGUUCAAGAGGACUUUCAUAACUAUAUGUCGCGAUCAGGUCCUGACCCAUCUCAGACUGACGUCCCACGUCGCCAUAGGGGUGCUGAUAGGCCUGCUCUACCUGAACAUUGGCAACGAUGCCAGCAAGGUCUUCAACAACACUGGAUUCCUCUUCUUCUCCAUGCUGUUCAUCAUGUUUGGAGCGCUCAUGCCCACUGUGUUAACCUUUCCCUUGGAGAUGUCUGUGUUCCUCCGGGAACAUCUGAACUACUGGUACAGCCUGAAGGCCUACUACCUAGCCAAGACUAUGGCUGACAUUCCAUUCCAGGUGAUCUGCCCCAUCAUGUACUGCAGCAUAGUGUAUUGGAUGACAGAACAGCCACCCGAGGCUAGCAGAUACCUCCUCUUCUUAGCCCUUUCUACCUGCACUGCCCUGGUGGCCCAGUCUCUUGGGCUUCUGGUCGGGGCUGCCUCCACCUCCCUUCAGGUGGCCACCUUCGUGGGCCCUGUCACAGCGAUCCCUGUGCUGCUCUUCUCUGGGUUUUUUGUCAACUUUGACACCAUUCCUACCUACCUUCAGUGGAGCUCCUACAUCUCCUACGUCAGGUAUGGCUUUGAAGGGGUGAUCCUGUCCAUAUACGGGCUGAAUCGCACCGAGCUGGAGUGCCCGGUGCCCGUGUGCAAGUUCCAGCGGCCCGAAGAGGUGCUCCAACUGCUGGACGUCGAGGACGCCAAACUCUACAUGGACUUUGUCGCCUUGGGGAUCUUCUUUCUCGUCUUCCGACUGGCCACCUACCUCGUCCUCCGCUACAAGGUCAAGUCGGAGCGGUAGGUUCCGACUCGGCUCUGGUCUCUCUAAGGAAAACCCUCGACCUCCUGGCUCUGGUCUGUCUCACUGCAGCUGUCCCCCAGCGCUUAACCCGGCCCAGCAGAAUCUGUUUCUUCAGCUGGACCACUUUCAUAAUACUGCACUCUUGCUGCUAUAUACAGCACAACAUAAAGAACCCUGAUCCGCUGCCCAGUCCAUCUCUGGGCGGUAGGCUAUCCAUGUUUAUUUUCGUGGCCAAUAACAUACAGGAGUCCACCUGGAACAAUGCAUGGCAGGUUUUACCUCACAACUCUGGACUUCAAGAGGAAAACACCAAUGUGUUACGAAAGCAGACCGGUUUUACUGUAAACAAGAAAGCAUAUUCCACACCCACUAUAGUGACCUUUCCUUAUGUUUUCACGUUUCUUUCGUUCCUGGGGGCAAUGUGAAUGCUGUGCUGUUCCGUACUUUUCCUAAAGUCGCCCUGCAUCUCUGGCACCGUCCACAUCGGAUAACGCCAGAUUUUAUGGUAUACUUACCUAUUUAUAUAAAUAAGGCUUGGAGAGAACCAAAUACAGAUAAGAAAGAGUUUACAUUUUCUGAAGCAAGCCAAAAAAAGGAUUUUAACCACAUACUGUUGCACUGGAGAAACAGAGAGAACGGGAGAGCAUACAAAAGAGAGUGAGAGAGUUAGAAAUGUACAUGUAGACUGAAGUUAUUUGAGAAAUUAAAUUAGUUUAUUCAUGGGACCAUGAUAAGGCCUAAUACUCUAGCUGCUUUUUUGAGUGAUUUCUCAUUUUUCCCCUUUUUGUUUUAGGCUACUACUGAGCUUGAGAAAAGAAAAAUCAGAUUUAGUCUUUAUUAAUACAAUCGUCUUAAUUGUUUUAACUUUUGUAUAUCUCUAAGGGAGAUAUUUUUUCUCAACAGGUAAUACUAUCUGGAGAAUAUGUAUUUUUCUACUUCUGUGAUUGACUUUUUAAUUGUAAUUAUACAAUCGUACCUAAAAUAAAUACAUUCAAUCUUAAUUUCAUACAACAUUUGAUUCUAUAAUCAUAAUUUCCUAUAGGCCUUAAUUCAGUAUUAUUUCAACCAACAUUUUCUUAUUUGUGUCCAAGCAGUGCCAAAAAAAACCCCAUGUAAUUAUGUUUAUAUACCAUUAUAACAGAACAAUACAAUAUGUUAAAAUCCCCCUAUUUAAACGGCCUUAGGCCAUAUGGGGGAACCCCAAAAAAAAAACGAUGGACGUUUAACGGGGAUAUUUCACAUUAUUAUAUCUCACAUUAUUGACACGGCUGUGAUUUUCUCUUUGUUUAUUAACUUGUAAAGCCUUUUUUCCCCGUUCUGUAGCACGUUAUGUCUCCUCGUUGUGCAGCAAUUAUCUGACCCUAAUAAAAUAAUCACAAUUUU